AUGGGCGUGAAUCAUCCCCAACUUGCUGGCAUGCUCUGUCUGAUCAAACACCUUGCAGCCUAUCGCGAGAAUCCCAAGAAGUAUGUAUAUAGUAUCUACUCAUUGCAAAGUGGCCAUAUCAAGAUGCAUGCUGCUGCAUGGCCUGCAUUUGCAUAUGAGGGCGACUCACCUGGAGAGAAUUUCAAUCCACUUGAUAUGCAGAAUGGCCUUUUCAAAGGCUAUCUUAUGAAACAGCACAUAUUCAAGGGCCCUUCCUCCGCUCUGGCCAAUGAUGGAGAGGUUGUUACAACUCGCUCUGGUAAUACAAAGCUUCACAACAUGCUGAAGGUGGAUGCUGAACAUGUGGCCUAUACAUUCAUUCAG